AUGCGGAGCACCACCACCGACCUCCAAGAACCAGGACAAACCCCAGAACCAGAUACAGCACAAGACGCAACCCCCGAAACCAGCCAAGCUCUCGCCGCCUCCCUCGUGAACCGAUGCCGCACCCUCCUCAGUGAACUCGAUACCUUCAAGGCGCUUCUCACGCGCACGCAACGAAACCCCCAAAGCGUGGAAGUGCGGUCGUUGCGCUCGAAUGUUCUCUCGGAACUGAAGACGUUAGAGAAACUGACGGAGCAGCUUCAUGGUGCGAUUGCCGCUGCGGGGGAUGAUGAUACCGAGGAGGGCGGGCCCGGUCGAAACGAUGCAGUGUUGAGGAUUGUGCAUGCGUUGAGGUCGUCGAAUCUGCCGUUUUACGAGGCGGUUUGGACGAUUGCCAAGAGGACUUGUACGGGGUUGGUUGCUUUGGGGAAGAGGUUCUAUUGGGAUCAGGACGGUGGGAGGUCCCAGGAGUCGGCGAAGAAGCGGCCCAAUAAGGACAAGCGGAAGAGUGUCUAUGUUGAUAUUGUGGCGGAUGAUGGGGAGGAGUGGGUGAAGGUUUCUACUAUUUCGGAGACUAGGCUGUUGUUUGAGAUGGCGGAGAAAGGGUGGGAGGCGGAUUCGGAGGAUGAGGAUGGGCAGGAGGGUCGCAGGACGGUUCUACAAAAUUUUACUCACGAUGCGGAGGACGAUGAGUACUACAAAGACGACCACGACGAUGACGAUGACGAUGAUGAAAUUGAGCUGAUCAAGCUUGCGGCGGAUAUGAAGAAAGCUGCUAGCUUGGUGCGGGUCAACUACAGACAUCCUCGCCUGCGUUUUGUGAUUCCUAAGAUUGAGGAGGGCCAGAGUCCUGAUAUUGAUGAACUGCUUAAGGUAAUACGGAGCUAUGGUAUCAUAGUGAGCUGUGGUGAGAAUAUAUUUACUUCACAAGCAAAUGCUCCAAGCACAUCUUCUGGAUUUGCACUUUCUGCGAAGGACGAGGAGGAGGAGGUUUGUCAACUUCUCCCUAACCGGUUCAAAAGAUUCACGCCCAUACUCAAUGUCGAUUGUACCCUGCUGCUCGCUAUUGUUUCAGAUCUAUCCCACUCCAAGAGCAUAAAUCCCUCUCCAGUUCAUCACAAGGCUAUCAACCGCCAGAUUGAGGUUGAACAUGAACGACCACUGCUGUUAACGGAACUCUGGCCAGCAAUGAAUUCCCAUGAGCUCGUGUGCACAAAUGAGGCUGCCAAACGAAUGCGUGAGAUUGUGGAAACCAUUGGGACUGAUACCGAAAAAAAACGGCUACAAAUAUUGAUGGGCAAUCCUCCCUUCGACAACGCAGACACAGCAUCUCUUCUUGAGAAACUCCAGGAUUUGUCAGACCAUCCAGUGCCAUCUCGAUUAAUUCUUCCCAUUAGAAUAGUUGAAGCCAAACCCGCCAUUGACUCCGAGAAACAGCAGGGCAAACUUCCUGCAGUAUUUGAGAAAGUGGAAGCAAUAUUGUCUGACAUCAAUUAUAGCGUCUUCAUGUAUGGAUGGGCGUGCCGGGUGACAACCAUUUCUAGCAAUCGUACGGUCGUCAAGCAAAUCGAAACCAUCAUUGAGGCGCACAGAGACGAUGAAGAUUCGCGUGGACCACUGAUAUGGGUUUGUGAUACCGCCAGAAGUUUGAUAGGAAAAGAGAAAAACAGGAAGAAUUAA